UUUUUACACACACAAACACGUACGUAAAUGAAGCUAGGGAGAAGAAAGAGAGCAAUUAAUUAAUCCAUGCAUGUAAAUUAGAUUCCUGGAUUUGCUGCUUUACAUAGGACAGGACAUCCUAAAUACGCUAAGGACACCCUUUGUCCAAAACCCAAAACUAAGUCUAACUUGACCUACAAGCAAAACCAAAUCCACAAACUUAAUAACAAAAGAAUAUUCUUCUACUUCCACCCCAUGCAUUUCUCUCCUCCUUCUUCCCUCGAUCUCCUUUUAUAACAAGAACAAGUCCCGCCAACAAUAUAUGCAUACAUUUCCACCACAACCACGACAACAAACCCUUCCAAUCUCAACCAAAAAUGACAUUCCCAAUCCCCCCAACCAAUCCAGCCCCAUCCGAAAUCGUAUUCUUCGACUUAGAAACAACCGUACCAAACAGAACCGGACAAAGAUUUGUCGUACUGGAAUUUGGUGCGAUCCUGGUUUGUCCGCGGAAGCUUGUUGAGUUGGAGAGCUAUUGCACCCUCAUUAGGCCAAAGGACUUGUCUGCGGUCGCGUUGAGGUCGAGCCGGAGCGAUGGGAUAACCCGAGAGGGAGUAAAGGACGCGCCUUUGUUUGAGGAUGUGGCGGAGAAGAUAUUUGGGAUUUUGAAUGGGAGAAUCUGGGCGGGGCAUAAUAUACGGAGAUUCGAUUGUGUUCGGAUUAGGGAGGCAUUCGAGGAGAUUGGAAAGCCGGCACCGGUGCCGGUUGGGGUGAUUGACUCGUUGGGUGUUUUGACGGAGAAGUUUGGAAGAAGAGCUGGUAAUAUGAAGAUGGCAACGUUGGCUAGCUACUUCGGGCUUGGGCAGCAAAAACACAGGAGCCUUGAUGAUGUUCGCAUGAAUUUAGAAGUCCUCAAACACUGCGCAACCGUGCUCUUUCUGGAAUCAAGUCUCCCAGGUGUGCUGAAUAGCAAAUGGCCGCAUGGCCCUCCCACGGUGACAACGAGAAGCAGAAGUAUCUUGGAUUCGAAUAUCCCAAGUGUGUCGAAUGCAAAUUGGGGAGGUUAUUCAAGCAUUACAACAAGAAGCAGGAGAAAUAUUGGGAAAUUCCCAUGCAGAGAAGAAAAUAGUCGAAAAUCUCCUCCAACUACUCUUUCCUAUCGAAGAGCUGUCCCUUAUGCAAGGGGCAGUUUCGGAAAGAUGACGGAAAGGGUCACGAAUCUCUUGUGUAAAGUCCAGAAUAAGCCUCUCAGUAAUUUGAUAAAGCAUUCCCAUUCGCUGCUCCGAUGAGUCAGAAUGAGAACGUUUUUUUGAUAUUUCAAGACACAACCCCUCACCGAUCAGAUUGGGGCUUCCAUUAAAUGAUUAGGGUUCUUGUUUAAGGGUGCCAAAUCCCGAAAAAAUGCUAACACUGAAGCCACAGAAAUCCAUUCUGUAUAUACGUAUACAUGUACUUCUAACUGAUUGUAUUGAUUGUUUCAUUCUUUUAUGGCAAUUCUCAUCCAUGGCCAAAAUUUGGCUCAUUUGCCUGGGAUUUUGUCUUGUACAGAUGAAUAUUAGUAAUAAAUAGCCACUUGGAAAUUUCCAAGUUUCAUUUCUU